AUGUGCGCUGUCCCACUGCGUCUCGACCGCCUUCUCGACGGCAACUUCUCGGGCCAGUGCCCGUCCGUCUCUGGCCCACCCCGUCGCCUAUUGCUGACCAUUUCAGCCGACGGACUCGUGCGUGGCACUGUGUUUGCUGCCGAAGCCGUUCCCUUCCUCGAAACAGACCGUGUCGACAGUAGUCCCGUGCGACUUGUAGACGGCGGCCGACGAAGAGAAAGGGGACGCGUCGUGGCCGACGUGAUGGGCACUGCCCACCUCAGGCGGACAGACGAGACACUGGACGCGUCCACCGUGAAGCCCAACGGGAACGCAAGCGCAGCUGAGGAUCGCUACUAUUGCUGUCUCGUGCACGUGGUGACCACUGGACGACCGCAAGUUGCCGACCCGUGCGCCCGAACGUGCCACCUGCACGUGCCCUUUGCGUCGGACGCACCGGCUAUCGGCACGUGGCAGCUUCGGCGCCAUAGCCGUUGGCAACGCGACGUGCACCAGCAGUUGCCUCAAGUGAAGACAGCAUCAAGUCGAGGAUCGCUACUGUCGUGUACGGCGUUGCAGGGGCUGAGGACUGCAGCGUCGUCGUCAAUGGCGUUGCAGGGGCUGAGGACUGCAGCGUCGUCGUCAAUGGCGUUGCCCGAGUUUUGCACGGCAGAAACGUUUCAGCUCGUGCCCGUGCAGUGCCCACGUCAAGCAGCAGCAGUAGCCGCAGCAGUGCUACCAGUGGACAAUGGACCAGAGAGGAGGGAAAUGCCGCUGCGGCCGGGCAAGUACGAGUUCAAGGGGUUCACCACAACGUUUGGGCCGGUGGCAGCGGUCCCGGGAACGAGGAACGGCCGGCGAAGUCGCUACGGUGCCCUUGGGACGACCCGUGCAAAAGACAACUGCCUCGUUACGCUGUACUUGCAAGCGGACGGUACAGUGCACGGCACGUCGUGUGAAGUCGCGCAGCCACAAGUGUGUCGAUUGACUGGACGCUGGAAGGCGAACCGCAUUGCGUACGUGCUCGAGUACCGCGUGCGGGAAGCUGUGGGCCAUUUCCGCUACUCGGGGGCGAUCGCGAUGAAGCCCCGGGCGACGCUCACGGGUCGAUGGCACAAUGUCGACAAGGGUCAUGUGGACGGGUACCAGGGCGGGCGCGGCACGUUUGAGCUCGAAUUGGUGCGCGUGGACCUCUUACCGAUCGCAGUCAAGUGGGAGAAGAGCGAAGAGGCGCGUACGCGGCCAUCAGAUUGUCCUCACGAGCAGGUACACCUCCUGAAGUACAGCGUCGGCAGCAGCAGCGACUUGGCCAUUGAUCUCUGUGACGACGACAAUGCGAUCCAAACAUUCACGUCAGGCGAGUACGAGCUGUCUGGACGUGCGAUCGACGCCGAUGGCUACGAAUAUGCCUUUGAUCUGAAGCUGAAGCUGUGUCCAGAUGGCAAACUGCUCGGUCAAUGCACCGAGCGCGUGUUCCAGCAACUGAGCCCCAUCUCGGGGCAUUGGGACCCGACACAUAUCGUGUACGACCAGCAGUACGUCGUCAAGGGCGAAGUGGGUUUGUACACGUACACGGCAGCCAUGAGCUGCAACGGCGUCUUGGUCCAGGGCACGUGGGUCAAUGCCGAGGCCGAGUUGGCUUCGGCUUCCAGUGAACACGGCACCUUUGGACUCAUUGUGCUGCACUCGACUCGACGGUGGAGCACUUCAAGUCAUUCCCGGUAUCCGCCGCGAUUCCGGCGCGCCGUGUGGACAACUCUGUUGACAUCUGCGCGACGGAACAUACUCCCGGGAGCAGUCUGGGCGCACAUUUUCUCGUUUUGCAGCGAGACGUGGUUCACGGCGCCCAAGGAACCGCUCCGGCAGCCAUUGCAAGUAGCUGUGCCGUUCAACAUGCUGACCUGCAGCCCGUUUGGCGAACCUCCGCGUAAACGGUGCAAACACGCGGCAUAG